CUUUCGGAAUCGAAAGAACACAAUAAGAAGAUACUCAAGGAUUGACACUGAAUCUAAAAGAAAAGUACACGCCAGGUCCAAGCAAGAUUUUAAACGAUUGAAAGUUACUAGUGUUAUCAUUGUGAGUGAAAUCACAAAAUAUUGAAAUCUUGAAAGGAAAAAACCAAAAAGAAAAAAAAAAAAAAACAUAAUGAAUUCGAAUGAUAUUCUUGCCACCGAUGAUAAAACACCGCCGGAGCAAAUCAGCGGCUCCAAGGGCUCGUCUAUUGCAGAAGGCAGUUCGGUAUCACCUAAUACACAAUUGCAAGAGCCGGUGGUUGUAGGUGAAGGAAGGAAGACCCCGCCCGAACCAAUCAUUAAUCAAGAAGAUCUACGUAAGAAGUUGAGUAAAAUACCACUCGAAACCUUAAGAGAGAUAUUACUCAAUCAAGUAGAUUUGGAAAUUCGAUUAAAACAUAAAGAAUUAAAGUUAACUGAAGAAGAAAUUGGGAAAUGUGAGAGUCAAAUGAUCUUAUUAAGAAAAUUUUUUGAAAUACCGAAUCAAAUUAAGAUUAAUAAUGAACCAAAUGAUUUUACAAUGAAAUACUUCAAUUUGUUGAAUGAAAACUUAUCGGUGAAUUAUACUAAUCUACAAAAACAACAAUACCAACAUAAUCAACAGAAUCAAGAAACAAAUCAAUCAUUCGCAUCAUUUUCUGAAUAUAUAUCUCCCGGGAGUGAGGAGGUGAUUGAUGAAACCGCUAAUAAUUAUCAUUAUGAACCAGUCCAUUCGUAUCGUACUAGAUCAACUACAUCAUCGCUUCGACCAUCGAAUGCCGCAAUGGCCGCUGCUGGGAUGUCGGUUAAUGGCACCAAUCCAAUUCGAACCAUUGGAUGUUUAUAUCGUAGAACCGAUGGUGUGAUUGUUAAAUUGACCUGUCCCGAUUGUCAACGAAGCAAUUUUUCGUCAGCACAAGGUUUCUUAAAUCAUAGUAGAAUUGCCCAUUCGAAAGAGUACACAUCUCAAGAUGCUGCCGCAUUGAAAUGUGGAGAAAUCUUGCCGGACCAUGAACAAGAUGAAGAAGGACUAAAUAGUUUGAAAAAUUUGAAGGAAAAGGGUAUUGAUGCUAAUAAAAAUUUAAAUGUUAAUGAAAUCUAUUUUAAUGGAUUAAGUAAUUCAUUAAAUACAGUUCAUAGAAGUAGUAUAAGUUCCAAUUCUGCAUCUCCACCAGCGGUAAAUGAAAUUGAAUCAAUCAAUCCUAUAAAAGAUAAAAGUGAAUUAAUGAAAAAAUUAAUGAAAAACGGUAUAACUAAUACCGAAGAAGAAUAUGAAGAAAUGAUAAAAGAUGUUAAAAAUGAAGUCAAAUCAAGUCACCUCUUCGAAGACGAAGAAGAAAUCGAAGAGGAACUCAAUCCAACCAAUCCUCCAGUUAACCCGCAAACCAAUCCUCCUCCCCCAUCUAAGUUUAAAAGACGUAAGAGCCGAGGAGUUAUGGGAAUAAGCAAAGCCAAUCACCGUAAAGAAUCUUCCAAAUCUAAUCCUACAAUACAGGAACCUACCCAAGAAGCAACUGGGUUACACACAUUAAACGCAAAAGAUAUCGAAAUAUUGCGUCAUGUACAAAUGAUGGAUCAUGAAGGAGGUCCCACUAGUGGCACUAGAAGCAAAAGUGGUACUACAACCUCCGCCGGCAUAGAAGAACCUGACACGAAAAGAAGAAAGAAAUAAAAUAGCCCUUUCUUUCCUUUGUAUGAAAGACCCUGCCGAUUGUAUAAAUUGUUCAAAUGGAAUAUACAUCUGCUCAUUAAU